CCUCACUAUAUCAUCUUGAUUUCUUGCUGGUUUUUUUUCGGUGGUAACAAUAUUGUUGUUUUUUUGCGUGCUUGUUUUCCACGUCAAUCGAUAUCCCCAAUAUAUCCCAAUGUUUAACUGUCGUCUCUUCAAUGUUCCAUGCAACAACCUGUGGGAAAUAUUUUUGGCAAAUAUUCUAGGUUUAGAAAACUAUGAUACCACUUCGAUUAUCCCCCUCCCCAAAAAAAACGAAAACGAAAACUCCUUUUUCGCCACUCACAUCUUCCGCGCACCAUAUCCCCCCCCCCUCUCCUCCUCUCCCUCCUUUCUUUUUCCCCUCUACUCAUGUACCUACGAACCUCCCUCAUCGUCCAUGUUAACAAUGUCUCUCCACUCCCCCCCCCUUCCCUUGCGAUCGCAAUCGCGUUUCCCCAUACCGCAAAAGCAAACCCAUGCCUCUCUCUCUCUCUCUAUCAUCCAAUCACCACCCUCAAUCAACCCAUUCAACAUAUGCAAUCCACGUCGGGAUAACCUAGAUCAUGCCAAUGCCGAUGUAUGCGCUACAACUCGGGUAUUGCGUAUGUAACAUGUGUGGCGAUGGACU